AAAUCAAGAUUAUGGGUCAACAUCAAACCCUAUUUCACGUUCAAGUUCGGAAUUAAAGGCCCUACUGCUCCAUGGAUGAGGGGUCCUCUUCUUGUUGAACCCAAUCAAGUUUUGGACUUAUCCAAAUCAAGAAAGAAGAAAGAUGCCAACUUUGCUAAAACCCAAAAUCCUAGUGAUGCACUUUCUGGUAAAGUUAGUGGAGGAAGAGGUAAAAAGGCAAUGAAGAAGAUUUAUCAAAGCAUUGAUAAGCUCCAAGAAACACAAAAUUUGGAAUUUACACAUGUGGAAACUGAUGCUAAGUUUGAAUUUCAGUUCCCACCUGGUUCUUUAACUCAUUGGAAAGAUGUGAACUUUGAUUUUAAUGAACAAACUCCAUAUGUGAAAAAGGACAAAGUGGAAAGAGUGGAAUUUGAUAUUUUAUCAAGAGAGAAUGAAGGAAGAGGGAAUAGACGAAGUGGAGAGAAAAUGCCAUGGGAGAGUGAGGAAAGAUUUGUGUAUAGGAGAAUGAAGAAGGAGAAAGUUUUAACAGCUGCUGAGUUGAAACUUGAUGCAAUGUUGCUUGAGAGAUUGAGGGGUGAGGCUGUAAAGAUUCAGAAGUGGGUGAAGGUUAAGAAAGCAGGAGUGACACGAGCUGUUGUUGACCAAAUCCACUUGCUUUGGAAGAAUAAUGAACUUGCAAUGCUCAAAUUUGACCUGCCUUUAUGUCGUAAUAUGGACAGAGCUCAAGAAAUUAUUGAGAUGAAGACUGGAGGCUUUGUAGUUUGGAGGAAGAAAAAUGCUCUGGUUGUUUAUAGAGGAUGUGAUUAUACUUUGAGACAGAAGGAUGACCCCAAACGGCAUCAUGAUUUUCUCCGUAGUCAACAAAACAAUUCAUCUACUUACACCUUUAAAAAGACAAGUGCUUUCUCGUCGUCGAACUCAAGUAGGAGCAGUGUAGAUGUGAUAAGUGGUGAAAGCUCAGAAGAGGAUAGCCUAACAAUAAAUGAGUCACUCUAUGAGAGGGAAGCUAAUAGAUUAUUGGAUGACUUAGGACCUCGUUAUGUUGAUUGGUGGUGGCCAAAGCCUUUACCUGUGGAUGCAGAUUUGCUUCCUGAAGUGGUUCCUGGAUUUAAGCCACCAUUUAGACUUUGCCCACCACGUUCAAGAUCAAAGCUGACUGAUGAUGAACUUACACACUUAAGGAAGCUUGCUCGUUCUUUGCCAACUCAUUUUGUCCUCGGGAGAAACAGAAAACUGCAAGGCUUGGCUGCAGCCAUCAUAAAAUUGUGGGAGAAAUGUCAUAUUGCAAAGAUAGCUUUGAAGUGGGGAAUUCCAAAUACUAACAAUGAGCUAAUGGCAAAUGAGCUGAAGUAUCUUACUGGAGGAGUUCUUUUAUUGCGGAAUAAGUUCUUUAUAAUCCUAUACAGAGGUAAGGAUUUUCUUCCUUCUCAAGUUGCAAGCCUUGUAGCUGAGAGGGAAGUGGAACUCAGAAGAUGUCAGCUUGAGGAAGAAGCUGCACGAUUCAAAGCAAUUGAAACCCUUCCAAUCACUACUGGAGAAUCAAUGAGCAUUAGUAAUGUUGGGACUUUAUCAGAAUUCCAGACAAUUGCAGAACCUGGAAGGGAGAAAUCUGAGACUGAAGUUCAAUUAGUAGCAGAAAAAGAAAGAUUAGAAAAAGAACUGAGAGAUGAACAGCACAGCCUUUACAUUCUCAAGAAGAAGAUUGAAAAAUCAUCUAUAGCAUUGGGAAAGUUAGAUGCUGCAUGGAGACCUGCCAAACCAGAUGUCGAUAAAGAAAUUUUAACACAAGAAGAGAGACGAUCUCUUAGGCAGAUAGGAUUGAAGAUGGACAGGAGUUUAGUGCUUGGGAGACGCGGUGUUUUUGAUGGUGUAUUAGCAGGUCUCCAUCAGCAUUGGAAGCACAGAGAAGUUGUUAAGGUGAUCACAAUGCAGAAAAUCUUUUCUCAGGUCAUUCAUACUGCAAAUCUCCUGGAGGCAGAAAGUGGUGGAAUUCUGGUUUCUGUAGACAAACUUAAAGAAGGCCAUGCUAUAAUAAUUUAUCGGGGAAAGAACUACAGGCGCCCGGAAUUGGUGCCGCAAAAUCUUUUAAACAAAAGACUAGCUUUAAGUCGGUCCCUUGAAAUGCAGAGACUUGGAUCAUUGAAGUUUUAUGCAAAUCAAACGGAGCAGGCAAUCUCUGAUCUUAAGUGCAAGUUGGUAGAAUAUACAGUAAAGAUUGGUCAAAUGGGGGAAGAUCUAAAAGGUAGUGGUGCAUAACUACUCUUGAUCUUGAUCUUUAUCUUGACAUGGUCUACAUGCAUCAGCACGAAGAGAGUUCACCCAUUGGCUAGCUGAGUAUUAUGGGGAAAUAAGGACUAUUGCUUUGAGCCCUUGAUUAAUGACCUUAAACUUGUUAAAUUUUGAGAUGCGUCUUGGGAUUUCACUUUUGGGAUAACUGUGCAACUUGUGGAAGCAUUCAACUACGUGAUUCUCCUUGAUGAGACAGCAGAGUUUCAGGAUGAUGGUGGACUUGCAGAAGAGCAUUGGAUUGACAGAGUAACAUUGCUAACAUUACAGCAUGGUCAAUCUUUUCUGCUACUUGUUGCAUGAUCUGGUAAGGUUUAAGAUUGUUUUGCUUUACUUCCAGAACUCAGACCUCACUCCCAUGACCUGUAGUACAGGAAAAUAUCUAUUGAAGCACUAGGUAGGCCGACCUCUAUACUCGAAAACAAUAAAACAGCAUUUGGAGGAGGGAGAAGAUGAAUGUAAGAUAGAGAUUUGUUCCAUACAGCACGGAUUCAGUAAAAUUAAUUGCUUUGCUGUUUCUUUAAGGACACUCUGCCGCCUCUCGCAGCAACUGCAUGAUAUUGUGCCAAUUCCAUGUUUCAACUACUACAGACAUGUCUCUUAUUUUCCUACUGAAUGGCAGAUUGAAUUGUAAGGUCCUGUUCGUACCACACAUUGACUUUUAAAGUUAGUUACUCAGCUUAUUCAAUAAGUGGCAAGCCCACACUGCAACAAAAGGUGGCUGCGAUGCAAGAUGAGAUAAGUGUUGUUAUUAUUCUGUAUUGCUGUAAUAAACAAUUAAACUUUCUGAAAAAACAAAACAGAAAGUUAGUAAUACUUG